AUGGUUGACGGGAAGCCCGUAAAUCUCGGACUUUGGGAUACUGCCGGUACGUGUUAAUUUUCUGUUCGACCAAAAGUGCAGUAUCAUUAGCCCCCUCUAACUGAGCGUCUUUGUUGGAAUGGGAGUAGGCCUCAGUACUUGACCAGAUGCUUUCUUACUGUAGUUCCUGCUCCCAGAGAGGGAUUUUUGUGCCAAAACUUUUUUUAAAUAGUGCCUUAUAGGUGCUUGCCAAUUAGGAGCGUCGGCAUUUUGCCAUUAUGCUGUCCUCUUCCCUAUAAAGAUGCGAUCGUGGGCAGCUGCACCCUUUAAGGUGGUUAGUGUUCACGAAGUGUGUCUUUCGCCACGAAUACAUGAGGGACAUUUAUGUCAUGGGCUUCCAACAGAGUGCCUCCAGUUAGGUUCUCAUAAAUGUCCCUCGGACAAGUUUGGAUGAGCACUAGUCCAUCGAUUUGAAGGAAGUCACCCAAAAUCGGCCACUGUUUCGGUCUUUUACUCUCCUGUUGGUACCUCACUUUUUUACUAGCCUGGUCUCUUCGUGUACCCGCUCACCCUUUUGCGAACUGGUUUGCAUAUCAUUAAAAUAAAUACCUCAUCUACCGUUGCACUGCUAGCUGACGAGAUAAGUGUGACUUCGACUGUCUUGUUGAACCAUCGGCUGGAUCGCACCUGCGAAGUGAGUGUGCGUGUUCGUGUUUUUGAUCGCAAAUAGCGGUCAGGGUUAUGCUUGACUAAAUUAGGAUCGAACAGAUCGGGGACGUAGAACGUUUGUGCCUACCUGUGCCUGUGCGCAGUCCAACUGCACAUCAACUUUCGUUCACUUUUUUCCACUAAUCUACUGUUUGGUCUCACGAAAGUUGUCUUGCAAGUUUAUCGUUAAACCCAACGUAUGCAAGAGCCAGAGGGGCAUUAGCUAUCCCUCAAAAUCCUUUAUUUUAAUCAUACGAGCGCUUGUUUACGCCUGUGCUUAUCAAAAGGACAACGUACGAAUGACCCUAAUUGGCACCUAUUCAAGAAGACCUGCAGCUGGCAAGGGAAUGGUGAUCAGAGUCAGAGAGGGUCACGCAGUUUGUCAGCCCGUCACCUGCGAUAGUAAAAGGAUGAACUGAUUGUGCGACCACCUAAACAGUUUCUUUGUGGAAGGCAUCAGCUCUUUGGACUGGGUCAGUUUUCAAGACAGUACCGUUUGUAACCGUAACGGCUUAUCGACAUGUGGCCUGUUCGGAAAGUCGACGGGUUUUCAAUCCGACGCUAAAGCGCCUUUAGGACAAAUUCAGUUCAUAUGUCAGCUACUACUGCUACUACUGCUAAUUUGCGGACUUUCAUAGUGUCACGAGAUCGUUCUAGUGAUGCUUAUGUCGCAAAUUCAGAAUCCCUGAUUUCAGUCCUUUAAGAUGCCAUUAAUUCGCAAAUUUUCUAUAGUCCUAGAAAUCAUCCGCACGUCGUCGUCGUCGUCAGUAGGCUAGUUUAAGUGUCAUGCCACCGCCUAGAAUUUCGGGUGGCUACGCCUUCUGGGCAAAACCUGUCUUCGCAUACGCCAGUUAUCACUGCCAUGCCCUUGUGUCACCGAACAAAAAGGCCUAUUGUUCACGCAAAUGCCCGGAAAUUCGAAGUCAGAUAUUAAGGCAUCAGUAUCCUAGGUUUUGCCAUAUAUGGCUAGUGUAACACUGAAAUCUCAGCGGUAUACUCAGUGGCACUCACGCCUGAUUCAGCCAGGCCGUUCUGACGGUUUACAGCAUAAUGAGGGAUCAUCCUAUAUCACGGUUGGAAGAUGACAGAUUACCAACAGAAUUUGAGCCGAUCGGCACGUCAUCACCUCAAGCCAAAAACUAUAGGGCCAGAGGUACACCCAAGCCAGCUGUAAGCACUCCCACCCGUCUUUAGUUAGUCACUUCGACGCCAUCUCCAGCCAGGUAAUGUGGCCCUACCUAGGCAGGUCACGCCAGUUUGACCUUCGCAAACGACGGCGUCCGUGCGCCCCGCAGCCACGUGGACGCAGGCCGGUGGCUUCGUAUUAGUUUAUAAUUAUGGCAGACUUAGGCGGCCUCUGUCACACUCAUCACCCUCACCCCCCUGGUCAAUGUCAAGACCGAGCCAGGACCACCGGGGUAGGGAUCGGGCGCAGUGACUAACAGCUAAACAGCUUAGUAGUAGCAGCUGACGGAGGACGCAAGUGGGAGGCCUCUAUUCUGUACACGUCCACAGGGUGUUGACCUAGAUAUCAGCGCCAGCCGGCCUCAUUGUGGCGCACUGUUUUGUAUAAAGGGCGCGCACGAGUGUGCGGCCGCUACGUGUAUGGGAAUUAGCCGAAAGUAGACUUGCACAUCCUAUGCUCAUGAAACCGACAUAAAACGAACUACUUCGAGCAGUUUUUUAUUUCAGUAAGAGCCACUUUCACUAAUCAAACCCAAAGAAAACAAUGGAAUCAGAGUUGCCAUCACCAGAUCUAAGGUGAAUUUAAACGGGAACUGCGAGAAAGGUUCCACGGGAUAACAAACUUUCAUCGUAGCCCUACAGGAACAGGUUUUUUCGCUGUACAAUAAAUAUUAAGUCUAGAAACGGUGGCUCCUUUCACUGUCAGAUAGAUAGAGUAGCGAUGGAUCAACCCUUUGGACACUUCACUGGAAAACUAGAGGAUGACCAGGCUGGCCUCUGCCUUAGCAAAAGGCAGAAUUCCCGAAUAAUUUUGAACCCGCUCUGCCGUUACACUUGGAUUCAGGGUUUCCAAACUACAAGCCGUAUAUUUUCCGCUUAUGAAAAAUCACACAUUUCUCCACGGUGAUAAAGGGGGACCAUAUAGGGUUCAUAAAAUGUAGCAGUGAAUUUGACCCAUACUGUUAACAUUACAAGCCACACUGGUAAAUGCAGAGACAUGACGAUUUAUAAACGGCCAUUUCACGGUAUUAAAAAAUCGAACAAUAUGAAACUUUUUUUAAAAAUUGAAUUAUGUCCCCCUUGAGUAAAAAAAUCAGAAGAAGACGUAAUUUUCUACCGAAUGAGCAGAAGAAUGAAUACUUUUAUGCAUGUUUUCCAUGAAAUACAAUUGGACCUUUAGGGGCAUCGAAAAUCAAUGAGAAAAAUGCAUGCCGCUUAAGUAGCCAUUCUUUAGAGAGUGUAGUUUUUGCAUGUAGCUGGAAGGAAGUUCAUUCGUAAGCCGGUAUUCUGAGGUAACCGAAAUAUUAUACAAUUAGGUUGCAGACUGAAUAGUCAUGCAACCCUAUUAAAUUAAUCUUUUCAAGAUGAAAACGCAUUUCGGAAUUUCGGUUGACAUUUCAUAAGUUAACCCACCAACUGUACGUAGAAAAUAUGAUUAAUUUUUGAUGACAAUUUCGCACCGAGGUUUGACCAGCAUGAGUGGGGAUAAUGGCGUCCCAGAGAGAGGCCGCAGGUGGAUGGCUCGAACGGAUCCUCACCUUGGCGUUCCACCACACCCCCUGGUCCACACAACAAAUAACCAGGAUUUCAACCAACACACACUGACUGGACACCACUUGAGCUUGACCCACGAGCCUACAAAAGCGGCUCAUCGUAUCAGGGACUCUCAGGCCUGACUGGACGCAGUAAACACCAGCACUGGCUUCGCCAGUGGCCACUACCGCCUGAGAGGACAACUCUGGGUUUUGUAUACAUUAAAGCCCACAUUCCGAUUCCUUCUGUCUUUUCACCACAACUUAGGAUCUGGCCAGACGAUAGUAGUGUUCUGAGUACAGACAUACUCACUGACACCGCUUGGUCAUAACAAGGUAAGGGUAGGGUAUGUGACCUCCCCCUGUGUGGUUGGUGUGCUUCAUAACGGUUUGCCUGACAGUAGGCCGCGAAGAGAGAAUUGAUUUUGGCCUCCAAUAGCGGUGUCGAUAUUAAGGUUGCCCGUUUUGGCCUCGAGAUUAGGGUUUGGACAACGGUUAAAAUUAACGUUAGUUGAGUUAUUCUUAGAGAUAGGGUGUUGGGGCUUAGGCUAUGGUUUGAAUUUGGGAUGGAGGCUAGGGUCAGGGUCUUAGGGCUUGGCGUAUGGCUACGGUUACGUCCGACUUUCCAUUAAGUGCGUCCGGGUUAGAGAUUUCCCACUGAGAGCAUGACCAUGGUUGGUGUUAGGUUUAUAGCUAACUACGGUCCUCCCAAGGGGGUUACACACCAUACCUUUGCCCUUGAAGGCACGGUUGGGUGGCAUCGAAAGAGCCGCGUACUGAAAGUCGGCGUCAUUCCUCCACAGUGUCGCUGUAUGUUCGGUCAUCUGUGUCGGAUAUAAUCUAUCGGCUUCUCCAAUCUAACCGCUUUAUAAAUAAAUCACAGAAUGUCAAAUUCCUGAUCAAAGUAGGACGCGAUUUGCCGAAGUAAAGAUCUUUACCGAAAAUCCUGCUUUACUGAAACUACGAGUGGACACAAGUUAGAUACUCAUCGGGCGAGUUGUUAACAAAUUCGCUGCGGUUAGUGCCAGAGUCUAUGGCUUGAAAUGGGCAAAAACACCCACGCCUGUUUCCUCAUUUACCUUCAUAGAGCAAAAAUCAAGACGCUCAACCUAGAGAACACCUUCUCCAAGAUUUAAUUCCGGCAAUAGCCCCCUCAUUAACGCUAAGCUGCAAGUGCGUAGGCGUAAUUGAUUUAAACGUCCUUACGUUUGCAGACUGCAUGGAGCUGUAGAAAGAUGUUCACAGUCAUGCUGACGAAGAUGACAUGCAGUAAGGCCUAGGUAAACUUGAGGAGUGACCUUGCCACUGAUUGUUGCACUCUAUCGGUGACGGGUGUAUCUUGCUAACAUUAUGGUGUGCGUGUUAAGUGCCUUAUCAGGUGUAUUCUACGCCAUGUAGAAGUAGAACAAGGCCUUGAAUUCUAAUGCGGUUAAUUUAGCGGUUCCAUACUUGGAAGUGGGGGGCGGACAACUUCGUAGACAAUCAGUGGUCGGCUUGACUGCCGAUGGAGUCUGUAACUGAUUGCCGGACUCCGAUUGGUUCUCUCACAUUCGGCCUCCACCCUCUCUCUCUCUGUGUCAUGCGUGUGCCACCGUCGUCAAACUGGUAACGUUCUCAAGGCUAUGCCCCGCGUCCUUCGGCCUCAAUGUCAGCCCGUACUGGCGCAUUCAUGUCAUCGAUCGUUUUUUUUCAGUCAUGCUGCAUUCAUCCGCCCAGUAGCUGCCCUGAGUUUUGUGGGCGGUGAGUUAUUGUUGAGAUUUUCACAGACGACAGUCACAAGCUUGGACAGGCGGCUGAUACUUUCAUCUGACCCACAUCCGUAAGAUGUUCUGAGCAGGCGGUCAUUAAUUGUAAAAACGAUAAGGUGUAACAGGAUGCAGAUUUCCGACUUCGCUUUCUGUUCGCUCUCAAGGCUCAUAUGUUUCCUAGGCGCAGGACAGAGUCUGGGCGCGGCCGUGUUUUUUAUGUCGGAAUAGGGACGUUCCACAAUACUCUAUGCCUUUUAACCUUCGCGUUUUUAAUCUGCUUAUUAGGUACCGGUACCUUCGGGCAUUCUACUCUUCCAAAUCGUCCUCGAAAACUAUAAUUACACCUCGAGAUAUGAAGGAAAUUCGUCAUCCGCGUAGCGUAUCGACAACUCGGGCCUGCGUGAGGCGAGAACAAGCGUUUCAAUCUCCUAUAGCCCAGCUGCGGUUAUAAAAUCAUAAACCAUCAGACGCAGCGAAAUUUCUUGACUAUGGCCUUUUCCAAUUAUACAAAAAUCAGAUAAUUCCUGCAAAUUGUUUCUGCAAGCGUCGAUCUACUGCAUCAUACGCUUUUGUUAGUAUGGCGCCAUCAAGAAAUUGAGCUGCGGUUGGAACCGUUUGUUCUCUAUCCUCUGUUAACUUCUUCAGACGUCCCGAGGAUCACGUAGUUAGUCCAAACAAAGGCGUACCAUUGAGGGCACUGAUCAGUUGAAAUAACAGGAUCAGCCUGUCUGUAGCUCUUGGUCAUUACAUUGAAACAUGUCAGUACAGUAUCUAGUGAUUUCAUUUGUAAUCACCAUCCAAAGAUGUUGUAAUGGGCCCACUAAAUCAUUUGCCGCGUUGGCUCACUGUCGACAUACGAAGUUGUCCAAGAACAACUGGACAUACAGUAAUGGUCAGUCAGAAGAUCGCUAACCGAAGUCAUCGGAGGACAAACAUGAAGGCUUUUGCAAUACAUGUGUUCUGGUCUUCACUCCUCUCCAAUGAUGUGCUCAAGUACAUGCGUAAAAGGUGCAAUAAAAACAGGUCCCUUUCUAAUGAUCGAAUCUUCAUUUACCGGAGUUGCAUGUGAAGUUCAGGCACCAGUCAGCAAUUUUGUGUCGCUGACUGGCUGGCGGUGAAAAAAAAACAGAAAAAUUUAGGUAGGUCUUAAUUCUCGCUUAACAGACGUAUACAUACAUAGCAAAAGAUCUGUCGCUAAAGUCUAGGCCGCGAGUGUGACCCUGGCUACCACAACCAUCAGAUCCGGUCCCGAAUGAAAAGGGAAGAUGCACACCAGUUGGGGAGAUUGUUUAUUCCACAUGGAAUAACCGAAGAAGGGGUUGAAGAGAGUAGCGGCCGGACAAGGGCACGACCGACGCCGGGAGACCGGCGUCCCAAGUAUCCCUCAGGGAAUGCAUCGAAACGUCUUAAGACAGGGCACAUCUGACUCGGCUUUUGAAUCUGAUUGGCCAGUUGGGAGGCUGAAUGGGCAAAUGCCAGACAGUCCUGGUGCGCACGUGCGGACACUCGCGAGAGGCCCAACGUUGAGACAGGCGCUCAGUGUAGGGCCACUACAGAUCUGUUUAUUGCACUGGUUAAGGAACGCGCUCACCACUUAGAUCUCUCGUAGACGGGCUGACUGGGGAUAUUAUAGGAGCUUAUUCAUUUCUGACGGGAACUUUGGGGUACUCAUAGCUCUUUGGUCUACAUAUUUUUAGCUCUUGGUUGCGAUGAUGCGGCUAAUAAAUAUUUUUGAUGGCGAUAAAUAAAUAAAUAAAUUUUAAUUUAAUGCCAGUUUACAGGCAUUGUCAAGGGAAGCGAUUAAACACAAAUCCGACCAGCAGUGAAAAAAAAAACUCCUGAGCUUAAGGCAUAAAAAUAUAGUUGAUGGUGGUUUUUGUGGUUUGGAGGGCUCAGGAGAAAAAAAAAACUGUCGGCGGUGGUAGAAUAUCGACCGUCAAGAAGGGGGGAGGUUGCACGGUAUCGGAGAUUAUCGGAGGUCAAAGUCCUUUCAUGAAGUUGGGGAUAGUCAAAGUAGAGGCGUUGAGGAACAGCUGGUGAGACCGGCCAUAGUGUUCAGAGACCACAAACGCCAUCGCUACGGUACAGUCGAUCAGUAGAUUCAGCACCCAAAAUUUGUGGGAGCUUUUCUGAAUGCAAAAAUCGAGUAAUAGUUCUCUUAAAUAAUGGAUAAUUUUGCAGAGUUUUCACACUCAUAGGUAGUUUAUUCCAAAUGGCAAUUGCAUUUACAGAAAAGAACCGACGAUAUUUAACACUACGUGCCAGAGGCAGAAAUAAGAAGACCUCACGGUGACUGUUACGUCGUGGGUAGAUAUGAUGUCUUAAAGAGGUGAGCGGGUUAAAUGUGUGAUUAUAUAAGAGUUUAAAUAGCAAAAAUAGUCCCUUUUGUAAUCUACGGAACUAUAAAGGAUCGAGGCCUGUAAGCCGGCAACGUUCUUUGUAAGACAAAUGUCGGUGUUCCGGGGCUAAAAUUCUCUUAGUAAAAAAGUGUUGAACGGAUUCUAUUUUCUUCCGCUCAGUAGCACGCAUGAGGCUAAAUGAAAACGAACAGUAUUCCAGACCAGGUCUAACGUACAUGUUGAAAAGGCGCAUUCUAAUGUCCCUAGUUUUAAAUUUCGGAGGAUAAACCCGGUCGUUCCACGUGCUUUGGAGACUAUCAAGGCACAGUGCUCCGAGAGAUUGAGACUUUUGGAGUAUGAUACGCCCAAAUCCUUUAUGACCCCUGGCACAUUUAUUGCGUGACCUUCAAUACUUAGUUGAGGUUGGCGGUCGUCGCCAACCACCAUGACUGAGCACUUAUGCCAAGAAAGAGAAAGGCGCCAUGUGCGGCACCACUGGGCGAAAGCCUGUAGAUCGCUCUUUAGGAGCCCAAGCACGAUGUCAUGAUCUGCCGACUUAUAUCGAUAUGCAACUUUAAGAUCAUCGGCAUACAUUAAAGGCUUACCAUUCUGAAAUAAAUCGGGUACAUCAUUAACUAACGAGCAGACAUACUAGCUAGCAGACUAACGCGGCUUCCUUAUGGACUUGCAGGCAAUAAUAUAGACGUGUUAGAGUUCGCAUAUAUUGCUUCGUCGACAUUUUUGCUGCUUGUUGACCGUGUAGGAGCAUCAUAGUUAUAAUCAUAUUACUAUCUAAUGAUAUCACUUGACUGAUUCCGAUGUAUGUGCCAUCCUUCCGUUCUGGUGGGGUGUUGGUGUCUUGCGGUUCUCGUCCUUUUAGUUUCUAAGCCUUAUCACUAACUUCCUUAAGAGUCAUACUUUUUUCUAAGUGCCAGAAUCAGAAGUACUUGCCAGAUGUUUACCUGAGGGGCGGUCUGUUGAUUCUUUUAUUUAAUAUGGGUCACACGCUCGCCAGUAUUAAUGUUAGAAUUAGCAGUACUUGCCAGGAGAGUGCUUACUGAUGAUCGCCCUUAAACCCGGUGUAUUUGCUCUGAAGUGUACGUAUUUGCAUACGUGUGAAGUCUGGACAUACGAAUGAGUUUAGUUUCAGAUUUAUGAGUCCCAGAAGCAUCUCUUAAAAACAGCAAGAAAAACGAACUUACUACGGCAUCUUUAAGAAAACAACCUGCCUAGUAAGUAUCGGCAUGGAUCUGGUAGGGACCGAUCCUGUCUUAUUAAUUAGCUCUUAUCCUUGGAGAUCUGGACGAGAAAAAUCGCAGUUAAUUUAUCAGUAAACGCAGGGUAAAGUUACUUCAGAAAGGCUUUCGACAGUGUUCCACACAAUGGGCCUCCCAGCCUUCCUCGUGUGCUUCCUAGUGGAUACUCCAGUUUACAGAUUUUUGCUUCUUAAUUUCAUCAGAAAUUAACUGCGAACAUGGAGUAGGUCGAUUUAAGUCAGUUUAUUAAGGGAAUGAGGCUUUCGCCCUUCAGCUGAAACCGCUGCCACAAACACAAACGUGAUUAUGUGCACAGUAGUUUCUCAGAAAAUGAGCGCCUUAUCUUAACUUAAAGGACUCAAUAGUGAGUAUAUACUAGGGUCUAUAGACGCUGAUUAAAACUUAAAACAUGCAUAUUUAGGCCGAAAUCCAUCAACCGUGUGGACUGCGCCCAUUUACCUUUCUAUAAGCUGAUCUUCUCCAAGUUAGCAAUUAGUUUCUGAGGACAUUAAAAAACCACGAUUUAUGGACUGACGUAGCUAUUAAAAAGCAGACGGGGAGUGCUGGGGGACCCACUGAAAAUUCAAACCCUCUCAGAUCUUAUAGAAGCGAACAGGCGAGUCCCAGGUAGCAGUACAGAAGAUGAAGAUGCGAUAACUGGGACAAGAAGUUUAUUUGCCUGACGUUUCGGAUUCUCACUCGAAUCCAUCCUCAGAGACAUUAGCAGAUAGAGGUGAAGGUGGCACCAGGAGUGCAGUAUUUGUGGCACGUGGCUGCCGUGGGACCGUAUGCGCACUGCAAUUAACAGUUCUCACAAUCGCCGCUGGGGUCGUAAUUGAUGCGGCGGUGGCUUGGCGGUCCGAGUCCGAGUUGUUAAUUGCCGCGAUUUCGUCAUCCGUGCUCGAUGCUGGUGUGACGAUUGCUCGGCAAACUGGCUCACUGUCACCGUGAUAAUUGCUCACCCGCGCCCUCCCCACGUGACUGAUUCUCCUGCCCAGGGAAAAUCGCAAUACGGAAUAGGGCACCGGGAGGUCAUUGUGUUUGUUGAUGGAUUGCGGGCCUGAGAACCAUGACUCGAGCAGCUCGCGGCUCACGCGGAUGUCACCCCUUGCGAGGAUUUCGGCCUCUUGAAAUUUGAAAUUUGGCCGGGUCCCGUCGAGUGUGCCGCCACCUGAGAGUUAGCGUCUCCCCGCCUCACUGCUGCUGCGUGCUCGGCAAGUCGCGUACGGAGUAAUCUCCCAGUUUCUCCGACAUAAUUGCUUUGUCCGCAACUACACCAGAUCCGGUAAACGACUCCAGACGUUUCCUGCCGUGGCAGCGGGUCUUUUGGCCUCAUUACUUGGCGCCUAAUGGUUGCUUCCGGACUGUGUGCAAUCCCAACUCCAAGUGGAGUGAGAAGACGACUGACGGCUUCCGAGACGUUAUUCACGUAUGGAAGAGCCCGCCAAAAUUUGGGGCUAGUUGGAUUUGGUCUCUGGUGUCCUUUUCGAAUGCACUGGUUGACAAAAUUGCGCGGGUAGCCAUUGGCUCUCAUUACCCGUCGAAGAUAUUGUAAUUCAGCAACCUUGUCUUCCAUUUCACUGCAGUGCGUCUCAACACGCCGGUAUAGCGCCCUUACGCAACUGCGUUUGUGACUGAUCGGGUGGUUGCUAUUGAAGUUUAGUAUUUGCGUCGUAUUUGUCGCUUUCCUGAACACUUUGGUUUUUAGGCCACCACAAUCUUUGCGGCAGACGAGGACAUCAAGGAAGGCCAGCUGAUUGUUUUCCUCCUCCUCCAUCGUAAAUUGAAUGUCCGGGAAGACGGCGUUGAUUUGUUCUUUGAAAGUCAGCACCUGAUCCCGUUCGAAGACGACGAAGGUGUCAUCUACAUACCGAGCCCAGAAUUUCGGUCUGUGUUGUCGGAAAACCAGCAAUUCCAGACGUUGAAGGACCUCCUCGGCGAUGAGUCCCGAAAUCGGCGAACCCAUUGGCGUUCCCUUCACCUGCUCGUAGAUUGUCCGUCUUCCCGGACAUUCAAUUUACGAUGGAGGAGGAGGAAAACAAUCAGCUGGCCUUCCUUGAUGUCCUCGUCUGCCGCAAAGAUUGUGGUGGCCUAAAAACCAAAGUGUUCAGGAAAGCGACUAUUCUCCAGCGGAACGUCUGAAACGCCGCGAAUUGGUAACGGAGUUGAAGAGGAGACUUGCAGCGGGAGAGAGCGACUUGGCCAUUUUCAGGGGACGAGUAAUACAGAGGAACGCGAUGUUGUUUUGGAACCAGCCAGUCAUCAUGAUGGCGGCAGCAACAUAAUAUUGGCAAACCCGAGACAAACCGAACGAAGCACUGUCGAAUGUUGCAAACUAAAAUUCUUUUACACCAAUGCUCAGAGUCUGUUUUCCAAGCUUGACGAACUGAGAAUACAGGUAGCCGAUACUCUUCCCGAUGUUAUAGCAAUAACAGAAACGUGGCUGUCAGAGGACGUUGGCGAUUGCGAGGUAGCAUUAACAGGAUACCAUUUGUUUAGGAGAGACAGGAGAGGCCGCCGGGGUGGAGGAGUUGCCAUGUAUGUCAAGAGCAACUUAACAGUGUGUGAGAUGACCGACAAGAUUUCUAACGACACAGAGGCAAUUUGGCUGACUAUAAAGGCGCGGGGAUCUCAGUCCCUCGAAGUCUUAACUAUCUACCGGCCCCCGCAGGCGGAUCCCGACCCAGAUACUUGUCUACUGAAAAGCAUAAAAGAGAUCGCCAGCCGACCCGACGUUGUUAUCGUGGGGGAUUUUAAUGCACCAUGCAUUCAAUGGAGCGAUAUGCAUGCGAAAUGCUCGAUGAAUACCUUCGAUUACCAUCUACUAAAGACAACUCUAGAAGCUCUACUCACGCAAUAUGUCCUGUUUCCCACUAGAGCUCGUGGAGGGCAACAGGCCAGUUGUCUGGACCUCGUUUUUACCGAAGAUCCUGACAGUAUAGAUGAGGUGUACUACCUACCCCCGCUCGGUCGAAGUGAUCAUGCAGUGCUUUUAUGCGAGUACUUGCUGUAUUCUGAACCGUGUACAAAAGACAAUACGAGGCCAAAUAUAUGGAAAGGGGACUUUCGCCAAAUGAGAGCUGAGGCAUCACAAAUAGACUGGGAUGUUCUCUUCUCCGGAGACGUUAACGAGGACUGGAAUUUAUUCAAGGAUCGUUUACUGCAUCUAAUGAAGAACCACUGUCCCUUAUCAAAGCCUAGGAUAUCCAACCGCCCUCAGUGGCUUACACGAGAACUCAAAAGGGAGAUAAACAAGAAAGGUAGAUGUUGUGGAAAAAAUUUCGCGAGAACAACAAUAAUGCAGCGUUUACAGAAUACAAAAUUCAAAGAAAUAAGGUGAAAAGUCUGAUUUUCAGGAGGCGACGGGAUUUUGAGAGUAAUUUGCUCCACCAAGCCGUUAAAAAUCCGAAAUUGCUCUACAGCUAUUUGCGGAAAAGCACACGUAACAGGAAUCCCAUUCCUGUUAUGAGGGGUAAUGACGGCUUGGAGAUCUCGGACAGUAAAAAUAAGGCUGAGCACUUUUCUCAAUUUUUCCGAUCCGUUUUCACAAGAGAAGCGGACUUUACCCCAUCUAAUUCUGAGAACAUGAGAGAUCCCACUAUCGAAAAUAUUGUGUUUCGAGAAGAAGCGAUUUUUGAAGAACUGAAAAACUUGAAGGAAUGUAAAUCUCCCGGUCCGGACGAGAUUCCAGCAAAGCUGCUCUUUGAGCUUGCCCAACAGCUGGCCAAGCCACUAUCCUUUCUGUGCCAAAAAUCGUUUGAUGCUGGAAUUCUUCCCACAGACUGGAAGACCGCCUACAUUACACCCCUUUACAAAAGCGGUAGUCGUGCUCUGGCGACAAACUACAGACCCGUCAGUCUGACAUCAAUCUGCUGCAAAGUGAUGGAGAAAACCAUCAAAAAGGAGUUGAUGGAUUACUUGGAAACCCACAACCUUUUGUCCAAUACACAAUAUGGUUCCCGUAGGGGGAGAUCAUGUGUUACGAACUUGCUAUACACAUUGCAAAGUUGGACACGAGCACUGGACGCAAAACACACCGUGUAUGUUGCCUAUAUUGAUUUUCGGAAGGCGUUCGACAGUGUUCCGCACCAGCGUCUCCUACACAAGUUGAGAAUUAUGGGCAUCGGUGGCAAACUUCUCAAAUGGAUCGAAAAUUUCCUUGUCGGCCGCUCCCAAAUUGCCUGCGUAGAACAACAGCAAUCAAGGUGCACAUUCAUAGAGAGUGGGGUCCCACAAGGCUCGGUGCUCGGACCAACUCUCUUUCUCUUGUUCAUCAAUGAUUGCGUAGAUGGGUUGGACUGUGAUUGUGCCAUGUUUGCGGAUGACAUAAAAAUCUGGAAAGUCAUCCAGAGUGCUGCCGAUGAGACCAACUUCCAAGAAAAUCUUUGUCGGUUGGACGAGUGGUCCUGCAGAUGGCUCUUGUCCUUCAAUUUGAACAAAUGCACCAUUCUGCGCCUCGGAAAUCAGACCCCUAGUACGCGGCAAUACCAUCUGAACGGAAUGCCACUCCGAGAAGCAGAAACUCAGAAAGAUCUCGGAGUUUGGGUUGCAGACAACCUAAAGCCUUCUACGCAAUGCUGUAAGGCGGCCAAGUCCGCAACGUCAAUGCUAUAUGCCAUCAAGCGGGCAUUCGUAGUUUUCGAUGAAGACUGCUUCAACAAAGUCUUCGGCACGUUUAUAAGGCCCCAUCUCGAAUAUGCAAUUCAGGCCUGGAGACCGUGGACGCACCAGGACUACGAUCUGCUCGAAAGGGUGCAGAGGCGAGCCACAAAAUUAGUAAGAGGUCAAAGUGCACUGCCAUACGAGAUCCGCUUAACUAACCUUAAUCUCUCUCCUCUGAGUUAUAGGCAGUUGCGCGGAGACAUGUUACAAACUUUCCGUAUCGUGCGCGGCUUGGAUUGUGCCCUUCGGUGCGAUGACUUUUUCCAACUCGCCACCACAACUCACCUCCGGGGACAUCCCUUCAAGCUACGUGUGCCACAGGGUAGACUGAAUGUGAGAAAAUAUUUCUUCUCCAACCGUGUCGUGGAACCGUGGAAUAACCUGCCCGAGACGGUUGUUAUGUCUCAAUCUGUGGAGACAUUUAAAUGUCGCCUUGACAGAUAUAUGCUGCAGCAACAAGCGGGCUAUGCGACUUUUUAACCAUGUGACUAGUGACAUAUGUGAAUCAAUGUAUGCAUUCACUUAAUGUUGUAAUUUCUUCACAUUUUUGCUUGUUUAUCGAUUUUUUUAUGUACAAAUAGGGAGUUCAAAGGCGUAAGCCUAUUUCCCUCAAAUACACUGACUGACUGACUGAAAUACGACGCAAAUACUAAACUUCAAUAGCAACCACCCGAUCAGUCACAAACGCAGUUGCGUAAGGGCGCUAUACCGGCGUGUUGAGACGCACUGCAGUGAAAUGGAAGACAAGGUUGCUGAAUUACAAUAUCUUCGACGGGUAAUGAGAGCCAAUGGCUACCCGCGCAAUUUUGUCAACCAGUGCAUUCGAAAAGGACACCAGAGACCAAAUCCAACUAGCCCCAAAUUUUGGCGGGCUCUUCCAUACGUGAAUAACGUCUCGGAAGCCGUCAGUCGUCUUCUCACUCCACUUGGAGUUGGGAUUGCACACAGUCCGGAAGCAACCAUUAGGCGCCAAGUAAUGAGGCCAAAAGACCCGCUGCCACGGCAGGAAACGUCUGGAGUCGUUUACCGGAUCUGGUGUAGUUGCGGACAAAGCAAUUAUGUCGGAGAAACUGGGAGAUUACUCCGUACGCGACUUGCCGAGCACGCAGCAGCAGUGAGGCGGGGAGACGCUAACUCUCAGGUGGCGGCACACUCGACGGGACCCGGCCAAAUUUCAAAUUUCAAGAGGCCGAAAUCCUCGCAAGGGGUGACAUCCGCGUGAGCCGCGAGCUGCUCGAGUCAUGGUUCUCAGGCCCGCAAUCCAUCAACAAACACAAUGACCUCCCGGUGCCCUAUUCCGUAUUGCGAUUUUCCCUGGGCAGGAGAAUCAGUCACGUGGGGAGGGCGCGGGUGAGCAAUUAUCACGGUGACAGUGAGCCAGUUUGCCGAGCAAUCGUCACACCAGCAUCGAGCACGGAUGACGAAAUCGCGGCAAUUAACAACUCGGACUCGGACCGCCAAGCCACCGCCGCAUCAAUUACGACCCCAGCGGCGAUUGUGAGAACUGUUAAUUGCAGUGCGCAUACGGUCCCACGGCAGCCACGUGCCACAAAUACUGCACUCCUGGUGCCACCUUCACCUCUAUCUGCUAAUGUCUCUGAGGAUGGAUUCGAGUGAGAAUCCGAAACGUCAGGCAAAUAAACUUCUUGUCCCAGUGAUCGCAUCUUCAUCCUCCUUUCAGCUCUGCUAUGCAUCGAUGGAAUAUAGGCGAAACACACUUUGCUCGGCCUUAAAUGUGUACAUUUGCUGCUAAUACGGUAGCCUCUGACGCUACUAUCGUUUAUUUGACGUGCACAUUUUGCUACUCUGACAACUUUGAAGGCCUAUAAAAGAAAAGAAAAGUCUGUGCUCGUCUGGACAUUCCUCAUAAGAUAUGCACAUCAGUCCGCCGACUAGGUUUGUUGUCUUUCGUUGUAUGUUCUCCAAAGAAGUGUAGACUUGAUUCAUUCGAUUACAUACGCAUUCAUGGAGACCUGCGGCAAAUCAUCUCAAACACGACCCCAUAACCCCGCAUUCUCUCACCAAAACAUACAUUGUGCGCACAGCCUUUAAAUUUUCACAAAGCUGCUAACUUUGACGAAAGAGAGAAGUGUCUUUCUCGGUAAUUUCUCCAUGUGGUUCAUCUGCCGCAUGUGUGAUCCGUGCAUGAGACUAUCGCGUUACGCCAAAUGUCGUGACCUGGAAGUUUGCUAACUGACGCUCCAAUUCGGUCCUCGUAGUCAACCCAGUUGUGUGCUUAGAGAUUGACUUGUGGAACGAGAGUCAGACGUCUACCGCUCCUUUUUAGUACGGUCUGUGUAACACUCCAACUCCGUGGGAUCCGAGUCGGACGUGGCGGCACGCUAAGAGACAAUUCCUGCCGCGUCAGUCGUCGCUCAAAUUUUGUUGGCCAAAAUAUUGAUUAAAUGUUUAUUGUGGACCAAAAGGGGGUGUGGUGGUGCGCCUAGGUGUAGGCUUUCUUUCUGCCGCCAGCGGUCUCUCCAGGCUCAGGUCUUCUUGACUUCGCCACAACACCCGACUCAAGUGUGGGAGAGAGGUUCAGCAGAUGCUUUGAAAGUUCGUUUUGCUAUAAUACAGUCCACGCGCAAGUCACUGUGUCCGCUCUCACUCUGCUGUGGAGCGCACAGCGGAUAUCGCCGGUCCCGACGGCCGAAAUGUCAUCGGUUGACUUGUCUCCCUGGUUAGUCUUUAGAUAAAAAUGGGGUUCCGAUUGCAUUUGGAUUUAUUCACGUAUUCAAAGGACGUAUUCGGAUUUAUUGGUAUUCUUUUGGUUUUCUUGACUCAAGUGCUCGCGUUCUCUCAUUAUGCGAUUCCAAUGCUUAUUUUGCUGUUUCUUAAAUUCAGAGAAAUAUUCGGAGUUUUGACAUCUGGCGCAUUCCCUCACAGUAAUCCUUUUAUCUUGAUGUUUCUUUCUAUUCAAGAUGUCAGCUACUAGCAUUGAAAAACGCCAGAUUUCCUUUUAAGCGUGCAAGACUUGCCUACCAAGUACCGAGCAAAGUUCUUACAGAAAAUGGAGGCGGAGUUUGGGUCAGAUGUAUGUGUAGGGUUCCAGUUUGUAUCACUCAGCUGUUCUUUUGUCUUGAAAUAUUCCACUUUCCAUACAGUUCACUCGUUUGGUGUUAAAAUUUCCGGUACAGAAAAACGACUAUGCUCCUAAAUAAGAACUCAACGAUCGCUUCGGCGCAGUAGCGUGCUGGAAGUUAAUCUAAGGAUCAAAUGCUAAAACGAAUCGGUUACCCAUAGACUAGGGUUCUGCAGAGUUCAAAACGAAGAAAAGGUCAGCAAGAGAUUGGGCAUUCUGCAAUAAGGAGGAUACUGCUGGUUCAAAUUUAGGCUUUAAUGCGAGCAGGCUGCAGUAGCGUCCAGCAGAUCGGAAUAUCAGAGAAACUAAGUCUGGAAUGUGCUGCUGGGGUGAAGUUUAUACAAAAUGUACUCAAAAACACAUCUGAGAACCGGUGGUGGAUAGGCGGAUAUUGUAGGUUCUUAGCGUCGUAGAGGAUGGCAAAGAGCUCAUCCUCAUCUAAAGACAAAUUUGAAAUUGUACAAAACACAUGCGCUGUUACCUAAACAGAUUUUUUUCAUUAUAUCUCCCGCCACCAUACCCUGAUGGAGACAUCAAGGUUUUAAAAAGUGGCAGUGUCAGACAAUAAAGUUUGUCCGCUGACUAUUGAAUAUCUCAUGUGCAGAUCACCUCAAACUGGUCAAAGCCUCUCACAAUGGAUUUGUGGGGGAUGCUUGAGAUUAACUUAGCUGCUUAUUUCAGGUGUUUUGCGUUUCCUUAUCAGUUGAGAAGGGAACACUGUCAUUUCGCAAUCCAUGGGCACGUGCGGCAUCCCAUUGUUCUAAAAUCUAGAUCACUGGUACCUUCGAGUUCAUGAAAACCGCGUUUGAAUGGACUGCUAAACAAAGAGAGGGAUUUUCAAAUAGUUUCGUUUUUUUGCUGUGUUCGGGCUUCGUCAACUAGGAAGUCACCUGCAUAUUUAACAGUUUUGGAAACAGGUUGAUAAUGCAGGCGAUCAAAUGUGUCGUCGUUGGGGAUGGUGCGGUGGGAAAAACAUGCCUCCUGAUAAGUUAUACGUCAAACGCGUUCCCCGGAGAAUACAUACCAACUGUUUUUGACAAUUACUCCGCAAAUGUGAUGGUUGACGGGAAGCCCGUAAAUCUCGGACUUUGGGAUACUGCCGGUACGUGUUAAUUUUCUGUAUGACCAAAAGUGCAGUAUCAUUAGUCCCCUCUAACUGAGCGUCUUAUAGGAAUGGGAGUAGGCCUCAGUACUUAACCAGGUGCUUUCUUACUGUAGUUCCUGCUCCCAAAGAGGGAUUUUUGUGCCAAAACUUUUUUAAAUAGUGUCUUAUGGGUGCUUGCCAAUUAGGAGCGCCGGCAAUUUCCCAUUAUGCUGUCCUCUUCCCUAUAAAGAUGCGAUCGUGGGCAGCUGCACCCUUUAAGGUAGUUAGUGCUCACGAAGUGUAACUUUCGCCACGAAUCCAUGAGGGACAUUUAUGUCAUGGGCUCCCAACAGAGUGCCUCCGGUUAGGUUCUCAUAAAUGUCCCUCGGACAAGUUUACAUGAACACUAGUCCAUCGAUUUGAAGGAAGUCACCCAAAAUCGGCCACUGUUUCGGUCUUUUACUCUCCUGUUGGUGCCUCACUUUUUUACUAGCCUGGUCUCUUAAUCGUGUACCCACUCACCCUAUUGCGAACUGGUUUGCAUAUCAUCAAAAUAAAUACCUUAUCUACCGUUGCACUGCUAGCUGACGAGAUAAGUGUGACUUCGACUGUCUUGUUGAACCAUCGGCUGGAUCGCACCUGCGAAGUGAGUGUGGGUGUUCGUGUUUUUGAUCGCAAAUAGCGGUCAGGAUUAUGCUUGACUAGAUUAGGAUCGAACAGAUCGGGGACGUAGGACGUUUGCGCCUACCUGUGCCUGUGCGCAGUCCAUCUGCACAUCAACUUUAGUUCACUUUUUUCAACUAAUCUACUGUUUGCUCCCACGAAAGUAGUCUUGCAAGUUUAUCAUUAAAGCCAACGUAUGCAAGAACCAGGGGGGCAUUAGCUACCCCUCAAAAUCCUUUAUUUUAAUCAUACGAGCGCUUGUUUACGUCUGCGUUUAUCGAAAGGACAACGUACGAAUGACCCUAAUUGGCACCUAUUCAAGAAGACCUGCAGCUGGCAAGGAAUGGUGAUCAGAGUCAGAGAUGGUCAUGCAGUUUGUCAGCCCGUCACCUGCGAUAGUAAAGCAAAGAACUGAUUGUGCGACCACCUAAACAGUUUCUUUGUGGAAGGCAUCAGCUCUUUGGACUGGGUCAGUUUUCAAGACAGUACCGUUUGUAACCGUAACGGCUUAUCGACAUGUGGCCUGUUCGGAAAGUCGACGGGUUUUCAGUCCGACGCUAAAGCGCCUUUAGGACAAAUUCAGUUCAUAUAUCAGCUACUACAGCUAAUUUGCGGACUUUCAUGGUGUCACGAGAUCGUUCUAGUGAUGCUUAUGUCGCAAAUUCAGAAUUCCUGAUUUCGGUCCUUUAAGAUGCCAUUAAUGCGCAAAUUUUCUAUAGUCCCAGAAAUCAUCCGCACGUCGUCGUCGGUAGGCUAGUUUAAGUGUUAUGCCACCGCCUAGAAUUUCGGGUGGCUACGCCUUUUGGGCAAAACCUGUCUUCGCAUACGCCAGUUAUUACUGCCAUGCCCUUGUGUCACCGAACAAAAAGGCCUAUUGUUCACGCAAAUGCCCGGAAAUUCGAAGUCAGAUAUUAAGGCAUCAGUAUCCUAGGUUUUGCCAUAUAUGACUAGUGUAACACCGAAAUCUGAGCGGUAUGCUCAGUGGCACCCACGACUGAUUCAGCCAGGCCGUUCUGACGGUUUACAGCCUAAUGAGGGAUCAUCCUAUAUCACGGUUGGACGAUGACAGAUUACCAACAGAAUUUGAGCCGAUCGGCACGUCAACACCUCAAGCCGAAAACUAUAGGGCCAGAGGUACACCCAAAGCCAGCUGUAAGCACUCCCGCCCGUCUUUAGUUAGUCACUUCGACGCCAUCUCCAGCCAGGUAAAGUGGCCCUACCUAGGCAGGUCACGCCAGUUUGACCUUCGCAAACGACGGCGUCCAUGCGCCCCGCAGCCACGUGGACGCAGGCCGGUGGCUUCGUAUUAGUUUGUAAUUAUGGCAGACUUAGGCGGCCUCUGCCACACUCAUCGCCCUCACCCCCCUGGGCAAUGUCAAGACCGAGCCAGGACGACCGGGGUAGGGAUCGGGCGCAGUGACUAACAGCUAAACAGCUUAGUAGUAGCAGCUGACGGAGGACGCAAGUGGGAGGCCUCUAUUCUGUACACGUCCACAGGGUGUUGACCUAGAUAUCAGCGCCAGCCGGCCUCAUUGUGGCGCACUGUCUUGUAUAAAGGGCGCGCACGAGUGUGCGGCCGCUACGUGUAUGGGAAUUAGCCGAAAGUCCUUGCAAACUUGUUAAGAAAUAUAUCAGUCGAUUGGCGGACGACACCUCGCUCAAGCGCUAAUUGUAACAUGUAAGCAAUGUGACAGUACUCAGUUUGCGCCAGCAUACGUGACGUAAGAAGCUGAUUUCGGACAAGAGGCCCACGUAUAGUUAUUAGUACUUGCUAGAAAUCAUUGGGUACAAGGCUACCAGCUGGCGCCUUAACCGUUCUCCGAACCGAGUCUCAAACUCUAAUGGUUUCCCAGUUAACCUUUAUGGUGACUUGCACUCGCGUGAGGGCGUACGUCUCAAAAUCUCAUCCGUGUUUGUGGAAUCCAGCUAGUGCGUGGUACACGUCGACUUGGACUCAGCCGUGCUUACUGCCCCCACACCUAUCUCCAGUCUUGAUAUUGAAUUCCUCUUGGGGCACGUUAGGCAUGGGAAGAGUAAGGUAGGUGCUGCACACGUCUACUUCUGUAAACAAAUUCAUGCCCAAAUCGCCACAACACUUGAUACUAGUGGUCAAAAUUGAGGACGAAGGAUGAACUGCCAGGCACUGCGCAUACUGAAGUUGUAAUUGCGAAACUUGAUACUGGUAAGAUUAAUCAAGCUGCCGUUCCGGACUGGAUAUCAGUAUAAUGGACUGUUUAAUUACGGAAUUAUUAGGCGCACCAUAAAAGGAUUCUGUUGGCCUCGACGUGGUUCGCCUAGGCCUCAAAGUCGGUGUCGCCUGCUUUAUGUCGACUAAAUUCUGCCCUCCUCAUCCUAGAACACGCGCGGCCACUUGAGAUUACAUGUGUAAACUAAGAUAACCAUCUGGUCACUCAUUCCUAUCAAUGCGUAUUUCGUAAGUAACUCCAUGCCCUCCGUCCACUCCCAGCUGCCUAGAUGUGGGCGCGCCCUGUUUCUAUAUAGGCUCGGCGGCAGUGUUUAAGGACCAACGUCGAACUGCACUGCACGGAAGGGACAAAUAAGCGGACUAGUCCGCCGGUAACAGGCCAGCUGUGACCUACACACUACAUUCAAAAUCUGGUCGGCUGGAUUUUGUCACAUCCCGAAUUAAUAUAACCCGUGUCCUUGGGAUGAUCGUAGGGAUCUUGCAGGUGUUUUUAUUAUGUGGACGUCGUCUCCAGAAACCUCCGUUUACAUCAGAAUUCUGGGAAGAUUAAAGUGCAACAUAACGCUUUCACGUAACGUGAAGUUGUUCAUUACUCCCGGACGGUUUGGGGCAGUCGAGGGUUUUCGUUCUCGGGCCCUCUGCCGUUUAUUCCAAUAGGAUGCUAGCCGUCGCGCGUAAAUGGAGUGCAACUCCUUCUUUCGACACCGUGAGUGCUUAUGGUCUCCGCGAGGUUUAGCAGCAGAGGGUCCGGGUAUAGGGUUACGGUCAAAACCCUCCUGCUCAAUGGGUGCUUCAUGGGGUCGUUAGACGCUGGUCUUGAAAAAAUGAAAAUGUUUGACGACUCGUGCUUGCGAAGCAUACCGCGGCUUCGGUCCAGAGAUCCCGUCCGGUGAAGUUGGAUCCUCAUCGCCUGCUGGCACUGCAUUAAGGGGUCACCGUCUUAGAUGGUUUAGUCACGCACUUCACCCGCCCGAAAGAAGCUUAUCCGCGACACAAUUCGAGUUCGGGCUACAGCCGUGGUGACCAAUUAAAGAAGCGGACAUAUAGAGUUAAGUCUGACCUGAAGGUGGUAGAACUUAAUACAUUUGGGAAUUGGACGCCACCUAGGAGGUAGUUGAGGACAUUGUCGGCGAUCGGAGGGCAUGAAUCGCAAUAGUUCAUGACGCAGUGGACCAUGGAGCUGGGUAAAUUAACGUUUAUGUCAACCGUCGCUAGUAAAAGCAAAUUGUAGGAUAUAAUCUUGACUGUCUUCGACCAUCUUAAUAUUUCUAUUUUUGACAAGCAAUUCCAGCCAAUGUAGCCAGGUUGAUCUCACACUUCAACGGACCGCAACCACCUACGGAAUUGUUAACCUGCCAGCAGGCGACAUCUUCCUUUGCCCGGAGGCCUCUAUACAACAUUGCGUCCGCCUUGUAGCGAAGCGAUGGCAGAGACAACAGAAAGACCGCAUUAGACUGAUAAGUAGGGUCAGGUACAAGUUUGCAUACAUAUUGGCUUAUUCUCACCAUCAUCAUUCGCUCCAGAUAUGACCGUGCACAUUGUAUACACCCCAAGAAACCAGUUAGGAGGACGUCGCUGUCGUCAUUCUCAAGUCGAGUGAGGAAAUCCUGUUAGGGCGUCUUUGGAUGUUUUUAGAAGGGCCUAGACUGACGUAGUUCCCUUAUGUGGAAACUAAUGUUGUUCGAUCCCGUUUUCAAGCCAUUGUCUUCCGAACAAUCACACUAGAAUUCGAACUGGAUUUGGAAUUUCUAAGGCUCAAAUUGUUUCUCUAUCUGCUUUACGUAGAUUGGUAGGAUAGCGGAAUUGGUUUGCCAAGUUAGAACAAAGUGAUUAAAGGCUAGACAGCUAGUGGAUGUUGUCAGUAACAGAGGUGGUGGAUCACUGUCUGCGGCUGGGUGCGCCCGUUUCAGGUCAACGCCCUUAAGGCCUCCGAAGUGUUGGUUGGUUCUAUACUCUCCUGAUUACUGGUUGUUUCAACUAGUUUGCGACCUGGUCUCUGGCCCCGCCUCGCACGUGCGUGACCAAGCCAGCAGAAGUAGUGGGCCUUAACUUCAUGAAUUACCUGACCUACGUGCUACUCUGAUCGUACCAGUUUACUUUGCACCUAAUAGCAAAUGCUCGGACCGGUUGGGCUGUGUAUCCGAUGGGUUUGUCAAUGUCAAAGUCCACGAAUCAAUUCAAUUUCGCCUAUUGUAUUUGCGAAUACUACCUAGUACGUCUGCAACGUGGUUGACCGGUUUGUUUAUGUUAUUGAAGAGUGCUUUUCAUCAGAUUCAGUGCAAAGUAGAGCUCCUAAUGCAUCCUAAUCUCUAAUUAUGAGAUAGUAACUGUCCAAUGUCUUGAUCCACCACAACCAAGCCUGAUAUGCAGUUGUAGCCGAUGGUGGUCUUCCACCACCUGUAGCUUGGCUUUUUUUCCUUUUCUCUGCCAGCGUCCUCACCCAUCAACUUCGUCCUGUACGCGUGUCUACAGCAUUAUCUGCGGGUUCACUGUUGAUUAGGAUAAUGAAGUCUGCAUUGCUGGACGUCGAUGUCGACGACUUUUCCUUGUACCAACUAGUUCUCAUUAGACUGUCAGCUCUCGUAACAGAGACAUCACAAUUGUUAGUACUAUAGAACCCUUUGUUUUUGUUUGUUGAAAACAGGCUCGGAUGGAUUACCGUACUCGUAGCUCAAGUGGUGGUUGAAUUUGCCAAAAUCAGCGCCAACUUAAAGUUUUGUUGAGAGAAGGGGAUUAGUGAAACCUCUAAAUACAGUAGUGCUCUUAGUUCGUUCCUGUUUUGGAAUUUUAAAGCGAUUGUAGAUGCACAUUGUGCCCUGAAUCCCCAAGCAUAUUUAAGCGAGUGAGCAAGAACAUCCCAACCGCCAGCACAGGCGUAUCUAAUACCGGAGCUUGGCUUUUAUGUAACAUUUCCAAAGUGCAACCUUAUCCGCUUAAAACGACCAAUCAGUGGGUCGGCCAAACUGCAUUCGAGUCCCCCGUCCAGCCUCAUGGGCGGCGCACAUCUUUUUCAACUACUGCCUGCUAUCCUCGUGCCUGUUUACGAAUAACCGGGGACCUUACGUUAAUCACAUCUGAUAAACGUUUCCCUUAUGUCGCAUUAUUCACCACCGACUACGCCCAACCUUCACGGUUAUUUCUUGUCUAACACACCCUCGGGUGCAUUACCCGAAAGAUGCUCGGCGACGGACGUCCGACUGCGAGUUCGGCAGCCUGCCUCACUAGACUUCACGUUGUCAACACUGAUUUUUGAGUGACAACUUUCGGGUGCGGACAUUAUUGGCUCGCCCGCAUUCAUUUUAAAGUUCGUAGUUUAACCGCCGUUUCCGCGUUCUCAGAAGCUUUGGUCGCAUCUGAGGUGAUCACGCGAGACGAUCCCGACUAAGGUUAUGUAACUAUUUUUGACAGUAAGACACUUUCACUGAACCGAGUCUGGAAAUAUACGGAAAGUCGGUUUUAUCUCAUGUUGAUGUUUUCUCAUCUUGUGCGACAGGACAGCACCUUUGGCUGACCAGAGCGCAGUCUGGGGGCCUAAUUUUUAUGAUAUUGUUAGAUAAGCUAGGGAAAGUUGUCUCUUUCCCACUCUGUCUUUCUAAAGCUUGUGAAUUUUCGUUCGAAGAAGUCAAAGUCUGCAAACACACAUAUACGCUUGUUCAUUAUUAGGCCUGUACAGUAAUAUACCUCACGGUAAUGCAGAAAAAAGGCAAAGAGGACCAGAAACAGGAUACUUUAGACGUCAGAGGCAAUGGUCACACUGUUGGCAAACCCAGUCCUGUACUGGUGUUCAUUAGCACCCUCCGGCUGCCUUGGCCUAAGCCGUGUCUCGCGUACUUCUACGCGCACCUUGACAUGUCGCGUUACAGCGACAUCACAGAAACACGCCUCAGCGACGUCUUGCUCCUGCUCUCUGACCUCGGAACUAGGUCAUAGUUUCACAUGUUUGGCUAGUGUGGGCAGCCCUGAUUCCUCCCUCCCCCAUCACCUCUGCAAUGGGAUUUUUUCCACCCUACCCUGAUGCAGGUGGCGAAUGAUCGACAACAUAGGUUUACCGACUUUGACUUCCUCAUUCUCUUCCAUGGUAUCAUCACUGGAACUUUCUUACUUCUCCCCGUCAAGGUCAGGAAGAUUAUGACCGACUGCGACCGUUAUCUUACCCACAAACGGACGUUUUCCUCGUAUGUUUUUCCCUCGUGAGUCCCGCCUCUUUUGAGAACGUUCGUGCCAAGUGGCUGCCGGAGGUGCGCCACCACUGCCCAAACACCCCCAUCAUUCUUGUUGGCACCAAGCUCGAUCUCCGCGACGACCAGGAUACUAUAGAAUUUCUCAAAAGCAAACAACUGGCCCCCAUCACCUACCCGCAAGUACGUGACACUGAUCACCUAGAUUCUUUCAUGCAGUCUUCGUCAUGUCCAGUUUACCAUUUUUAUGUAUCCUCGAAGGGGUACUGAUUGCCUCGUGCGGUUGAAAUCUUUUUUUUUCUGAAAGUGCUGGAGGUCAGUUUGACAACUGGGACGAAGUUUUGCGGUCAUACCCAUGUACAAGCUUGCGAAAUAAGUACGUUGCGGUAGAACAGCAAAAUUGAAAAUAGACGAUGAACAGUAGUCAUAGGCGAGAGAGCUAAGGGCGUCAGGACCAGGGGGUAAUUACAGUUCUGUUGGGGACAUGGAGAAGGGCAAGAGGGAGGUGCAUCUGCCAAUGAGUAACGCUUACCUUUCGUCGCUGGCAGGAUGCGGCUACGAACAUGUGGGGUUUAACUUGGUCCAGGAAAGCUUGAAAACUCGAACCAACUUCCGCGAGCACAAGAUUCGGUUGGUUAGCCGUGUGGCCACCGCAUCUGCAGUCCCAAGUACCUGUUGACGCAGGAACCUGGGGCGCCUCGCGGGCACCUUAUGGAUGGCUUGAAAUGCAUGGCUAACGUCUACCCUGUGACCGCUGGUCAACCAAAUGAGCUACGAUUACGCCAGAGGCAGAUUUUCCCAUGCCUUCAUUCAGACAGGCAGGAUGGGGCGUACACCCGCGAUAGGUUUCUGGAACCCCCUUUUCAAUGUUUGCCAUAAUGUAGGUGGCUUAUUCAGUAGGUCCAACAAUUUAUAAGCUAUGCCAGACUCCUGAUAUCUUUGAUCCUUUGCCUCGACGAGGUGUUAGACUACCAUUAAAACGCGGGAUUUACAAGAACUGCUUAUGGUUUACAUAUGAAUUCCACACAGUGCAUGACAUGCUUGAGGCUGUGGACUAAUGCGUGUCAACCGCUGCGCACACCCUCAUCUCAAGUCUUCUUGACCUCGUUUCACUGCUGUGUAAUGAAGGUGGAUGCUGCACACGUUCCUUAGUAUAGUCUAGAUUACACGCAAAUCAUUGUGAUUCCUAGGCUGUGGCAAUCUACAAGAGUUAAUAUUUCGAUUUUAAGGCUCUGACCCGAUUUAAGUAAGUGCCCAGAUGUGUCCGUCUGUCCCUGACUUUAUCGUCCAUAGCCAGUUUUGAAAUCAAUGACCAGUCCGGUAGCCUGAUAAAGACAUUUUGUACUCCAGGAGGACGACUGUGAACAUUAUCCACCAGGAUUGUAACAAUCCUUUUUUCUCCCGGGGUUCUGCCACCUUGGGUUCUGCUGUUCUGGCGAGAUUUAUUUGCCACUCCGUCGACCUGUAGACAGAAGGGGUGGUGUCUGAGGUGAUGGAAGUUGAUGUCGCGCAAGUGCUCAAGUAAUUGCCAAUAGAAGCGAAGAGACGAGUCCCAGGGAGCAGUCUUGAAGAAGGAGACACGAUCGCUGGGACAAGAGCUUUAUUAGCCUGACGUUUCGGAUUCCUGCUCGAACCCAUCAUCAGAGACAAGCAGAUACGGGUGGUUCAUGCACAAGGGGCUGCAGUAUUUGUAGGAUGCAGUAGCCCUGAAUAUUUAUGGCUCCCCCUUCAUCAGGGAUCGUUGCACAUGACGUGCUGACUGUUUGAUGGCCAAUGUUCACGUCGUUAAUUGCUGCAAUUUAAUCACGUGUGUUGGAUGUUGGUGUGAUGAUUGCCCGACCAUCUGACCCACCGACCCUGCGGUUGGGAAAAGUGUUCACCUGUGCGCUUUCCACGUGGCUAAUUACUCCGCCUAGGUGAAGUCUCGGCACCGAGUAUGGAAGGGGAAGGUCAUUGCACUUGUUAAUGGACUGGGGGCCAGUAAACCAUUACUCAAGCAGCUCCCGGCUCACGCGGUUGUCAUCUCUGACGAGGAUUUCGGCCUCGUCGAAUUUGAAUGUGUGGCCGGAUCUCGCCGAAUGAGCCGCAACUGGAGAGUAAUUGUUCGUCCCCCUGCUUCAAUCCACUAGCAGUCCUGUCAACUGUAAUUUGAGUGCAUUUUACCGUUUCGCCACUUCACACAGGUAGGGGCAGCAUUUAGUUAUCACUAAAGCUCGCCGAGCGCGUCAAAUCGGAGUUUAUCUCAUCCCGGCCCUCCUGCCGACUCGAUCAUUUUGACAACGAUAAGUAUAUCACGGUACUUGACGGCUCGAGCGUGGCUGAACGCGCAGUAAUCGCACGUAUCUCGGUCACCUUUGACUAGCGCGAGAGCUGCUGCUGAUGAUGGCAGUUUAAAGGUCGCGUAGUAACUAAAGCCUACAAAUGCCGUGAGUCUUUAGUGUUCGCCAACCCGGUUUGUCUCACUUUCUAGUGGUGGGUCCAAACAGGAAUCCUACACGCCAGACGAAUAGAACUCCCGCCCUAGGAGUUAAUACCAGUUUGUAUCACAUUCCUGGAGCUCGCCCUUCUACACAUGUGAGAACUGGAAGAUUCAUUUUUCCUGAAUCUGAGCUCCAUCUAUGUUUGCACAGAUUUUCCCGCAAAGCGAGGGUGUUUGCGCAUGCUGUAUGACCAUCCUAGAAUGAGAAAACCAAGCUAAAACAUAUCGGAUUCCUGCGCCGUCUCACUGGCUUCUUUGCUCCGUGAGAUAUAGUGGCUAAGUCUUGACUGGUUAUUGGUGCUUAGGUCAGAACUUUCACUUUGCUGAUGAACACCGAAGAAAAAACGGAGACGCCCGUAAGUACGAAAUUUCCAGGAGCCAGAAAUCAUUUACACAAAUUUGCUGUGUGGUUGCCGUACUUCUCUCUCAUUUAAGGCUUCUUUACGCACUUGUUUCGAUGGCUGCUGCCAUCGGUGCACGGGAUGGAAGCCUAAAGCAUAAACCGGAUAGGCAUUUGUCACCCAUACGUCUCAGGAGGGCUUUAGUUCAUUCAAAAAGUUGAUGACACCACUUGCGUCUGAGUGCCAGUUGUUUGGAGACAGCUGGAUUUCUGCUGAUGUCGGCCGCUUUUUGGGAUUGCGCCAGCGCCUCGCCUACCUGCUCUAUUACCCGACUGACAGUAGCCUCCUGCCUGACUCCCAUUAGUUAUCAAGACUGAGAAUUCUGGCUGCUAAUUCUCACCAUUCACCCUUUUCUUCCCUUCUUGUAGGGUUUGGCCUUGGCAAAGGAGAUAAAGAGCGUGCGGUACCUGGAGUGUUCUGCUAUGACCCAGAAGGGCCUGAAGGAGGUAUUUGAUGAGGCCAUUCGCGUCGUCCUAGUGCCGGCCUCGAAGUCGCACAAGCGCCCUUGUAGUCUUCUCUGA